AUGAGUGAUCAAGAAACGCACAAGUUAUUCGAACGUUUACCACAAACCGUUGUACCAACAAAUUAUGAUUUAACAAUUCAAACAUUUCUUGAUACAUUUAAAUUUAAUGGGCAUGUGAUUAUUCAUUUAAAGGUUAACGAACCGGUUAAUUCUGUGAUAUUGUAUUCAGCUGACUUACAAAUUGAUAAUGCAACAGUAACAUCAAAUUCGAAGGAUGAAUUACCAGGUACAAUCAAAAUGGAUCAAGAAAAUGAACGUGUUAAUAUUAGUUUUGAUAAAAAACUUGAAAAAGGUGAACAUGAAUUAUCUUUGAAAUUCACUGGCGAUAUCAGUAAUCGUAUGCAAGGUUUCUAUCGAAAUAAAUAUACGACACCAGAUGGAACCGAAGUUCGUUAUGGAGCUAGUACACAAUUCGAACCAGCUGAUUGUCGACGAGCAUUUCCAUGUUGGGAUGAGCCAAAUUUUAAAGCAACAUUUGAUAUUACAUUGAUUACACCAAAAAAUCUUCGAGCUAUAUCAAACAUGCCAAUAAAAUCUGAAAGCGAAUAUCCUGAAGAUAAGGAAUGGAAAAUAACAAAAUUUGAUCGAACACCGAUAAUGAGUACAUAUUUAGUUGCUUAUGUUGUUGGUGAAUACGAUUAUGUUGAAACAAAAGAUUCAAAUGGUGUUAGUAUGAGAGUUUAUACACCAGUUGGUAAAAAAGAACAUGGCAAUUUUGCAUUGGAUAUUGCUUCAAAAGUUUUACCAUUUUAUGCUGAAUAUUUUAAUAUUAAAUAUCCAAUAGCUAAAGCCGACCAAAUCGCUAUAUCAGAUUUUGCUAUGGGAGCUAUGGAAAACUGGGGUUUAGUUACUUAUCGUGAAACAGCUCUUUUAAUUGAUCCAAAAUUUUCAUCUAUGGAUUCACGUCAACGUGUUGCUAUUGUUGUUGCACAUGAACUUGCACAUCAAUGGUUCGGAAAUCUAGUGACUAUGGAUUGGUGGACUGAUCUAUGGCUCAAUGAAGGAUUCGCUUCAUGGAUCGAAUAUUUAGCUGUUGAUAAAUGCUAUCCUGAAUUCGAUAUUUGGACACAAUUUGUUGCUGAUACAUUUGCUCGAUUUCUUAUACCUGAUGGAUUAAAAUCAUCCCAUCCUAUUGAAGUGCCUAUUGGACAUCCUGCUGAAAUCGAUGAAAUAUUUGAUGAUAUUUCAUAUUUAAAAGGUUCUUCUGUGAUUCGUAUGUUACAUGAUUAUAUUGGUGAUGAUGCUUUUCGAGAAGGGCUUCAUAACUAUUUAAAAGAAUAUAGUUAUAAAAAUACAACUACCGUCAAUCUUUGGUCACAUUUAUCUAAAGCAUCGAAUAAACCAGUUAAUGAAGUUAUGUCAUCAUGGACACUUCAAAUGGGUUUUCCACUUGUAACUAUCAUCGAAGAGCAACAACCAAAUAACAUUCGUGUUCUCAAAUUAAAACAACAACGUUUCAUUGCUGAUGGUAGUGUUGACGGUGAAAAUCUUCAAUGGAAAAUUCCAAUAACUAUUUUUACUAAAUCAAACCCAAAAGCGAUUGCUCAACAAAUCUUGAUGGAGAAACCUGAAAUAACAAUAACAUUAAAUAAUGUUAGCGAACAUGAUUGGAUUAAAUUAAACUAUAAUUCUAUUGGUCUUUAUCGUGUUAAAUAUGAAUCCAAAACAUUAGCACGCUUAAACGAACCAAUUGCUAAUAAAACAAUUAGUCCACAAGAUCGUCUUAUGAUUCAAGAUGAUGUUGCUGCUUUAUGUAAUGCUGGUCAUCAAUCGUUUGUUGAUUAUCUUAAAUUGUUAUUAUCAUAUGCAGAUGAAGAUAAUUUUACUGUUUGGAAAUCAAUCGCAUCAACAAUGGGUGAUUUAUCAUCGUUACUUGAAUACACAGAUUAUUUUGAUCAAUUUAAAAGAUACCGUUUAAAACUAUUUUCAUCAAUACAACAAAAAGUUGGUUGGGAUCCAAAACAAGAUGAAAAUCCACUUGUAGCUAUGUUACGUCCCAUGAUUUUAAGUAUUAUGGGCAAAUCAGGCGAUCAAGCCAUUAUAGAUGAAGCUAAAAAACGUUUUCAACAACAUAUUAAUGGAGAUUUAAUUGAUCCAAAUAUUCGCGGUGCUGUUUAUGUUAUUGUUUCACGCUAUGGAGAUGAAACGACUCAACAAGAACUUCAAAAAUUAUACAAAGCUGCUGAAAUGACGGAGGAAAAAGUUCGAAUACUUCGUUCAAUGGGUCAAUCAUCAAAUCCAACCAUAAUCGAAAAAACUUUACAAUUCAUAUUUGAAAGUGAAGAUGUUCGCAUGCAAGAUACAGCUUCAGGUCUUGUUGGUUGUACAUCAAGUAGUAUGGGUCGUGAUUUAGUUUGGAAAUUUUUACAAAAUAAUUGGGUAAAACUUGUUGACCGUUUUGGUGACAAGAGCAGCUUUCUUAUUGCGUUUGUCGAGUAUUGCUUAACGGAUUAUGCUGAUGGAAAAAUAGCGAGUGAAAUCAAAUCAUUUUUUGAUUCAGCUAAUACACCAAUUGUAACACGUGCAGUAAAACAAGUUAUCGAAACAAUUCAUAUGCGUGCUAAAGUGCUUCAACGUGAUUCAAAAGCAAUUCAAGAAUACUUAACACAAUAA